AUUUUUUAAUGCAAAAUGUUCUUAAAAUAAUGGUUAUUGAAUAUGGGUAUGUUUAUUCGAUCAAAGAUUAUAAGAUGUGGUAUUUAUACCCUUUUUAUAAUCGUCCACAUUCCGAUACUGCAAGGAGAAGAACAUUCACAGUGUCCGAGCCUAGCAGAGAAUCCUAUUUGUCCAUGUUAUAAAUUUAAGGAAGGUUUAUUUUUGGAGUGUCCCAGUGCUACCCCUACAGUUGUUAAAAAUGUAUUGUCAAAGAUAAAAGGAACUAUUAAUUCAUUAUCGUUAUAUGAUUUGGAACGUUCAACGACGGAAUUGAGUGCGGAUUUUUUUCCCACUAAUGUUAAAAUAAACCACUUACAAAUCACCCAGUCUGGUAUAAAUAAGAUAAACUCAGAUGCUUUCAUAUCAAUACGCGAUUCUUUGGGAUCUUUGAGCAUAAUUGCCAGUAAAUUAAACGAAAUUCCAAAUGAAUCAUUCUUUGAACUAUUUAAUGUUGAAGCGUUUGACUUUCAACUUAAUGAUAUCAAUCAUAUUCCAGCAAACGCCUUUAAAGACCUCAAAUUAAAAAAGGUAAAUUUGAGAGGAAAUAAAAUUGCUAAUUUAUCAGAUUAUGCAUUCCAAAACUUAGAUGAUACGUUAAACGAGCUGGAUAUGACUGAAAAUUAUCUGGAAAUAUUUCCAUUAAGAUCACUUGGAAAUUUAAACAAAUUAACAAAUUUAAGAUUAGCCUGGAAUAAAAUUAAUGCGAUUCCAGAAAAUAUAAAUGUUACUAUACCAAAUUUAUUAAAUUUAGACUUAAGUUCAAACUUAUUUACCAAAAUAGGAAAAAACUGGUUUAAAAGCAUGCCUAAUAUAAAAAUGUUAAUUUUUUUUAGUAAUGAAAUUCAGUAUAUUGACGAGGAAGGGUUUUAUUUUCUAAAAAAUUUAGAAAUAUUAGAUUUGAGUAGAAAUAAAAUUGUAAAUAUAAGAAAAAGUACAUUUAGUAAAAAUGUGAAUAUACGUUCAAUAGACUUAAGUCAUAAUCAUCUACACUAUAUAAAUGGUGUAUUUAGUAAUCUAAAACAUCUUUCAGAGAUAUUUUUAUCUGAAAAUAAUAUUCUAGAAAUACCCAAUGAUGCAUUUAACAAUACAACGGGACUAAAAGUUCUUAAUAUAGAACAUAAUGCGAUACAAUUUUUAAGUCCGAGCUGUUUUGACUCAUUGAAUAAUCUAACACAACUUCAUAUGGGAACAAAUUUUUUAAAAACAUUACCAAGACAUAUAUUUAGUUUCAAUCGCAAUCUUGAAAUAAUAAGUUUAGAUAAUAAUAAAAUACAAGAACUAAGUGACUCAGUAUUCGAAAAUUUAGACUUUUUACGUGAAAUUAGAUUGCAAAAUAAUAAAUUAACUCAUAUUAAAAGAAACGUAUUUACCCCACUGCCAGAACUCUUAGAGCUACACUUGCAAAACAAUGUAAUUAAAAAUAUAGAUUCUCAUGCCUUCAUUACCUUACGAAAACUACAGCAUAUUAAUUUGCAGGGGAACAAUUUGACUACGAUAGGUGAUGUAUUUCCUAAUCGUAAUUCUUCACUAGUAUCGAUACAAUUGAGUGCUAAUUAUUUAUCCUUGUUAAAGAAUAGCUCUCUUAGGAGUCAAAUGAACGUACAGAUCAUGUGGCUUACUCAAAAUAAUUUGAAAGUUUUAACAUCUAAUUUAUUUUGUGAUUUAGUUAAUAUACAAAGAUUGUAUUUAAAAAAUAAUAGUAUCACCCAUAUUGAAAAUAAAACCUUUAUGUAUUUGAAAAAAAUUAAAUACUUAGAUAUAAGUAAUAACAAAAUUACUAACAUUACUAAUGAGACAUUUUAUAAACUUGUAACGUUGGAAGAACUGUUGCUAAAGAACAAUGACAUAAAAAGCGUGUCUGUGGAUGCUUUUAAGUAUUUAACGAAAUUAAAGAUACUAGAUUUGUCUGAGAACAAGAUUGUUUUGCUCAAUUUUAAUAUUUCGACUUUACCUAUCAAACUAAUUCGUCUUAAUCUUAAUUUAAUAUCUAAUAUUGAUGAAAAAUCGUUAAAAGAACUACCAAAUCUAAAUGAAGUAGAAAUAAAAAAUAAUAUACUAACAUGGGAAGACAUUCUUUGUAUUCAGUUACCAGGACUAAAAUCACUAGUUAUCUCUAAUAAUAAUUUUACAAACUUAGAAAAUGAAACUUUUUCUCAUCUACUUUCACUACAAUCAUUAACUUUAGAAAUGUCAAACAUAUCUCAGUUACCUUCUGCAGUGUUUUUUAAAAAUCAGAAUUUACUUAGAGUUAAUUUGGCAUAUAAUAAUUUAAAGGAUUUAAACAAAGACGUAUUUGCCUAUACGACAAUAUUACAGGAGUUGAAUUUGAGAGGUAAUCGCUUUACCGACUUCCCGCAUGUAGCAUUAUUCAAUAUUACUUCACUUGAAGUCUUAGAUUUAUGUCACAACGAAUUACAAAGCAUUGAUUUUUUUAAGUUAGUAGGUCUCCACAAUUUACGUACUUUAAGUGUAUGUAAUAAUCGUAUUUCCAUUUUAAGUGGUUUUAAAUCUCCUUUACUUAAAAGCUUAAUAUCAAUAAACUUAAGUCACAAUAUGAUAACAGUUCUUCCACCGAAUUUUCUACAGCAUUCGAUAGGUUUGAAAGAAAUCGAUUUAUCGCACAAUUUUUUUAAGCACAUUCCUAGUAACAGUAUGCCAGACUCAACUUUUCCCAGCGUGACGAUUUUAAAUAUGUCUUCAAAUUCUAUAGAACAGUUAUUACAAACAUAUCCUAUUAAACAAUUUCCACUUUUAGAAGAACUAAUAGUAACAAAAACUAAUAUUACCAUUAUAACUAGUAAAGAUUUUGAAAACUUUAAUUCCUUAAAGAAAUUAGUAUUAGCGGAAAAUUUUAUAACGAGGCUGUCACCCAGUGCAUUUUUAAAUCUUCAUAAUUUGGAAACAUUGGAUAUAAGUAGAAAUAAGUUAGAAAAUAUUCCCAGAGAACGCCUGCAAGGAUUAUAUUCAGCUAGACAAAUAAAUAUUUCUCGGAACACAAUUCGGGAGCUGGAAGAGUUUGCUUCAGACUUACAAAAUUUACAAAUUUUGGACCUAUCUUUUAAUCAUAUCACAAAAAUAACCAAAGAUGUUUUCCAAAAUCUACCAAGUCUCAGCGAAAUUUACUUAAGUGACAAUUGGCUAUCCACAAUAGCAUCGGAUAUAUUUUCUAAAUCAAGAAAAAUUUCCUUCAUUGACUUAAGUAGAAAUUACUUCGAAAAAAUACCAUUGAAACUACUCAAUGCUUUGGAAACACAAAUUAAAACAAUUUCUUUUGAUGAUAAUCCAAUGACAUGUAAUUGCGAAUCACAAGAUCUUUGGGUAUGGAUGAAGGAUCAUUAUAAAAUUGUUUUACAAAGGAAUACGCAAUUACGUUGUGAAUACCCAGAAAAUAUUCGUGGGUACAGAUUUUUAGACCUUGCGCCUGAGAAACUAUGUGACGUGCCUGUCGUAAUCCGAAUCGCCAUUCAAGACAUCCAGACCUAUUCGGUUGUAGUUUCUUGGCAAAGUCGCAAUCAAAGCGGCUUAAAUGGAUAUCAAGUAGCAUACUUCAGGGAACAAAUGCCAACAAUUAUAAGAGGAAAAAUUUUGAAUUCGACUGCCAGAACGACGAGAUUAAAUCAUCUGACACCGGGAGCUCGAUAUGUAAUCUGUGUAAUCGCUAUUGGGGAUUUCGGAAACACCGCAAGAUCACAGACGCCUAAUGCAAGGAUAGCAAAUCCAACAUCGAUAGGUAAUUCAGGGAUUAGUGUAUAUGGAGAUGAACAAAUUUUUAAUAAUAUACGACCUUCAAUGAAUGAUUCUUACAUAAGUAAAUGCACAAGGGUAAGCACAAUCGAAAUAUUUAGUGCUGCACUGGACAGUCCAUUUUCUAAUACUUAUAAGGGUAUUGCUGAAAUGUUACAAAGAAGACUUAGUUUGGUUGUGGGUUGUUGCAUAGGUAUUUUAGUUUUUAUUGUAUUAGUAUCAGCAUUAGGAUAUAUGAAGACAAAGAAACGACCAGUAAUACCCAAAGAUGUCGUUCAACAAACACCUCAAUAUAUAUCUUAUGACAAUUUCACUGCAACGAAUGUAGAGGUUCAGUCAACUGAUAUAGAUAUAAAUACUAUUUCUAACAAAACAUCUACACAAUUUAAACCAUGUGAGUAGAAAAAUUAGGAUAAGAUGUGUAAUAUAUUUUUGUUCAAUUUGAAAAAUUAUUAUUCGGAACAAAAGAUCGAUCGAUUUCUGACACUAGGCAUGGCUAUUUGUUCGCCGUAAAUGUUUACACUUUUAUCUUUCGUAGAAAAACUUUUCAGUCUGACCUUCACAGAGUUGUAAAAAAUUGGAAAAAAAUCAACAUAAUAUAAUGAAAUAAUAAUUUCUAAAAUAAUUAACUACGAUACACACACAAAUAAUACCACGUAAGUAGACGAAAAAUUACAUUUUUUUUUACCUACAAUUGGAACGUUUAGAAUUAUUUGACAAAAAUGUAGGAAAUGUAGAAAAAAAUUGACCAAACAAACCAUUAUAAUUUAUUGUAUUAUAUUAAAUUUUACCUUUAUUGAUGAUGUUGAACAUACUUGUCCAGUAGAUCAAAUUUAUUUAAAAUUCCAUAAUCGGAAUUAUUAAAGUUUAAAUAUAUAUUUAAUUUUAGUGUAAAUUGGAAGCAUUAAUGUAGUUAUAAUGUAAUUUAUAUUUAUUUUAACGUUAUAAUGAAAAUUUUGUAAAAUUGCUUACAAUUUAUAGCAAUAGUA